AUGAUUUUUAUCUUCCUUCUCAUUUUUUCCCUCGCCCUCGCGGUCUUCCUCGGGUGGCUUUUCAAGCGUCAAGCUCACGGCGUCUUCAUAACGACUGUUCGCCCCUUCCUUUCCCCGGUUAACAACGGAGAAACAAAGACUUCGCAUUCCGCGCACGGCGAGGUGACCGGGGGUCGCGGUGACUCGGCGGCGUGCGGAUCGGAUGCAAAGGUUGAAUCCCAGGGAGGAUCGGAGCUAAGUGAAGGAAAAGGUGACACAGAAAAGAAGAUUUGUGGCCUUGUUCCGCCGCAUGAAGAAGAGCUCGACGCGGCGGUCGCCGGCGGCGUGCGGGUGGUGGCCUCCGCUUCUUCGUCGCCUGACGAGCUCUCCUGCAACGUGAAAAACAACGGGCAGAGCAAGGAUGAGAGAGACGAGAGCGAAAAUAAGAGAGUGGCAGAAGGGGAGGAUAAGGUUCGAAGUGCACGGACUCUGUCCGCGGCGCCCACUACCCAGGGGGCCGCGCCUUCUCCGUCUUCUCCCCGGCACCCAUCCUCAGACAGCGACCGUCAAACUGGUUGGGAAGGAGCGCAGGACGUGUCUGCGAGCGCGACAGAUUGCCUCCAGGGCGAAGCGACCCGCGAGCAGAGACACAAGAGCGACGUUUUUCCGUCUCCGGCUUUGUCGCCCCUUCCGUUAUCUCCGCGGGAGGGGCCUGCCAUGUCUCUUCUCCAGGAUGAAGAGAUUGCCCGUCUCACCCCGGCGGAAGAAGCUUUUCUGCGCGACCAAGACCGCCGCGUGAGGGGAUCUUUCAAAUACGACUACCCGACAGGCACGGUGCCUCCUCCGUCUGCUUCGGGUUCACCAGCUUCUGCUUCAGUUCCCUCCUCUGCUCCGCCUGCCGCUGCUACCUUGUCGUCUGAUUUGUGGCAGUCCGACCCGUCUUCGAGUUCUCCAGUUUGUGGUUCCGCGGGUCAGGCAGUAGAGGCCAGCAGUGAGGCAACAGAAGCUUCUGAAGCGCAGCCAGGGGGAAGCGGGGAAACGCAGGAGGAGCGUGGACCGGAGCCGAGUCCCUCCGCACAGGACGCUCGCGAAGACAAGGCUGCAUCGUCGUCUCCGAUGCCGAUGCAUGCAGAAGCGUCGCCUCUGGAUGCAGAGCCUCUCACACACCAUCCCGACGUCCAGCAGGCUGAUACAGACAAAGAGGAGAGGGGCGCGGCUGCAGCUGCGGCUCAGGUACAUGCGAAGCCGGAAGAGCAACAGGCAGUCGUCGAGGCUAGGGUCGCCGAAGAGGAUGCGCCAUCUCCUUUUCCAAUGGAGCGACCGAAGGAAGAAGAAAGUCGUGUCGAGUUUCCAAGGGAGAGAAGCGAUCUAGCGUCCGAGUAUGUGAGAGGCGAGGCGCUCGCUGACAAGAUUCGAGGGGUCGCAGAAGAGGCAGGGAACUCCGCUUCUUCGGCGUCUGUCGAAGGGGGCAAGGACGACGAAGCGCAACAAACCCAGGCGAACGGCGAGGAGGACAGAGGGGAGGCAGCGAAAAUCGCGCACGAGGAUGACGUCCAAGCCGUGGGAACAGUGAAAGUAGAAGAGGAUGAACCAGAGAAGGCAGAGGCUGCGCCUGACACGUGGGAUGGAGAAGAGGGCGACGACGAGAGGGAAGAAGAGGACGAGGACUCCCAGCCGAAAGUUGAAGAUCUAGGAGAGGUCGUUCCGGAAGAAGAGAAGCCCGACUCCCCGCGAGUUGAGGAAUUUCAAGAAGAGAAGGAAGAAGAAAGUAUGGAGGGCAAAACGGCGGCGGAACUCAAGGAACUGGGCAAUCGCAAAUUCCGCGAAGGCAAAUACCCCGAAGCUCUUGACGUGUACACGGAGGCCCUAGACAGACUUGAUGACGAGGAAGACGACUGGCUGGAUGAGUUCGAUGCGAUUAUGCAGGCGAAAGAAGACGAGCUAGAGGCAGCUGAGAAUGUCCGGUACGAGCGCUCGCGCAGCCGAGGGCAGCGCGCGAACGGCGAGAAAACCGACGCUGGAAAAGAACUCUUCGAGGAUGCGCGAGAGACGGCGGAAGAGGACAGGGCGCCGAGGGACGCUGACGCAGAGGCGGUGCCCGCGGCCGCCGAAGAGAGUGAAGCGGCAAAGGCAAAAGACGGCGAACCGAAAGAUAAGGGAGAAGAUAUGGGCCGUGAUGAGGGUGAGAAGAAGCAAGAUGACGAGAAGCAAGACGGCGAAGCUAAAAAGCGAGGUGACGCAGAAGAGGAAGAAGAGCACCUUUUGACUGAGCGUGAAUUCAUCCUCUUCAAGGAAGAAAAGGAGCGCGAGCGCGAGGCCAAGGCCAAGGAGUUCAACGAGUUAAGGGCCGUUCUUCUCUCAAACAGGGCGGCGUGUCAUCUCCACGGAAAAUGCUAUGAAGCCGUCAUCGGGGAUUGCACGGAGGCAAUCCAGUGCCACCCUUCGUACGCAAAGGCGUAUUUGCGUCGGUUCACAGCGCAUGAGGCUUUGACAAAGUGGCACGACGCUGUCGCAGACAUCAACAAAGCCCUCGAGCUCGAUCCGUCCCUCGAACCGCGGUAUCGCGGAGAUCAGGCGCGAGUGAAGAAGAAGAGCGAGGAACAGUUCGAGAAGGAGAAGGAAGAGAUGCUUGGGAAACUGAAGGACUUCGGGAAUUUCGUACUCGGGAAAGUCGGUCUCUCUCUCGACAACUUCAAAGUCGAGCAAAACCCAGACACAGGCUCCUACAAUAUCUCCUUCCAGCAGAAUGCGCAGCCUGCGACAGCGGGCCAGUAA